AUGGACGAGCAGGGUGCAGCAGAUCUGGGUGCUAGAUUCGAGGCACUCCCCACCGAACUGCGAGCCCACAUCUUCUCGACCCUGCUUGUGCGUCAUGUCAAGUGGGAUGUGCGACACCUGAUGACCUGCCAGCGAUCGAUGGAAAAGACUACCAGCGGUUACAUCCCACCCUCACAUCACGAUCUUCCAGAAUCAGAGAACAUCUACAUCUGUGCCGAGUGUGGACCAGUCACUCACGAGCGGAACUGGCGGCACGCGUUCGAACGGGGAUACAAGGUAUAUGAAUCUCCAUGGCGAAGUACGUGGGCACCGCCUCAAAGCAACCCGUUCCUCUGCACCAUAUGUUAUGACGAACGCUGGCGGAGCCGACCAUUCCCAGAACCAACCAAUCUUCCGUGUUUAUGCGCUCGACGAAAGAAUCUAGAAGUCCGUCUUGUGUGUCGACAGUGGAAUGUGGAAGCUAGCGAGGUAUUCUUCUCUGAGAACACUUUUGCAUUCGACGACUCCCCCAUGAUGGGCUGUUUCUUCUCUGCCAUUCCUCAGCAUUGGACAGCAUUAAUCACAAAAGUCAGCCUGCUUUUGCCGUUGUGGAAGGAGGAUGACAAUGAAAGCAUUCCAAACACUGCCACGAUAGCCGCAUCGUUAUCUAUACUUGACGAUCUUACUUGGCUGCGUUACCUCGAACUGGAUGCCAAAUUGUUGAACAAGAAGGAAACAGCAACAGCUCUGUUGGAAUGUCAUAUCUCGAGCCUCCGACAGGUGCGUUUCGUCGUUGAAUGUCCGUACAAGGAGAUGUAUUGGCGGGAAGUGGAGCCUCCUACAUACGUCUGGGCUGAGCUGCAAAAUCGUCAYCUUCUCGUAGGCCAGUUUCCCGAAGUCGUGGCUCGUUCCAUGAAGUCACAAAGCACUGAGAUGUCAAGUUUCUCGAUAGAGGAAGAGGUCGAGCGACAGAGAGAGCUGUACAGACUGGUUCAAGACGACUCCGAGCUGUGGGGAGAGCCAAACAAGCCAUCUGCAAUGCCCAGUGAGGACUUGGAUUGGACUCUUUUUCCUGAUUUCGACGUUUGA